AUGAUUCAAAUAGAACAAAACAAUUUAUUACUUAAAACAACUUUGAAUGAACGAUUAUUUCCUGAUCAAUCAAAUUCAUUUAAAUCAUUAGAUAGAAUUGUUAGUGAUUUUGAUUUUACAACAUUUCAUGUAUCAACAUUACCAGGACAAAAACAUUUAUUAUUAAUUAGUGUUUAUUUAAGAUGUUGGCAAGAUUUAGUUGAAUAUGGAGUAGUAGAAUACCUUAAUACCAAAUAUUCUAAAUUUGCUAAUGAAUUGACUAUUUUAAGUGGAGGAGAUAUUGAACAAGGAUAUAAUUAUUCAAUUGUUUUGGAUACUUCCAAAGCAUUGGAACAAUCGGAAGAAUAUAAAUUAGAUUUAAUUGAUCAAAUCUCAUUAUUGAAAAGACAUUCAAUGGCUUCUGCAUUUGAAAAAGCGUUUGCAAGAUAUGAUGAAUUAUCUCAACAUUAUGCCAAUGCAAAUACUUAUUCCGAAGAAAUUCAAUCUGAAUUAUUUAAUGAACCAGUGUUGGUUAUAAGAUAUAGAGGAUUAGAUGAAUGUAUUUAUAUCAAACCAUCAUUUGAUCGAGUUACUGUGAUUUUCUCCACUGUUUUCCAAGAUGAAACUGAUAAAAUCUUUGGAAAAGUCUUUUUACAAGAAUUCGUGGAUGCUAGAAAAAGAUCAGUCCAAACUGCUCCACAAGUAUUAUAUAGUCAUAAUGAACCUCCAUUAGAUAUUCAAUCUGUGGUUCAAGGUUCUAGGGAUAAUGAAAAUAAGGGAUAUGUUACAUUUGUAUUAUUUCCAAGACAUUUAGUUAAAGGAGACAAGAGAGAUAAUUGUAUUUCUCAUGUGGAAUUAUUUAGAAGUUAUUUCCAUUUAGUAUAA